AUGGCUUCUACCAAACGCUAUUUCCAAUGUGAAGAAGAUGAAGGUUCAACUCAUCACAAGAAACUAAAACAAGUUCCGUUGGAAUCGCCUCCUUCAUCCAGCAUUGUUCUCAAUUCAGCUGAUUGUGAUUUAGAUUUCAAUAUUGAAUGCAAUGGAGUAGUUGGAUAUGGCCUUCACGAGGAAGGGUUCGGUUACUGUUGGUCUGGUGCUAGAGCUACUGUUGGAAUAAUAAAGGGAAGAUACUGUUAUGGCUGUGUUAUUGUUUCUGCUCAACCUGUCGAUAUAGAUGAUACUGCUCCUGAUCAGCGGCAUCUUUGUCGUCUUGGUGUUUCUAGAGGUGAUGAUGCCGUUGGAGCUCUUGGUGAGACAAAAUAUAGCUUUGGUUUUGGUGGCACCGGCAAGUUUUCUAAUGCCGGCAAGUUUUUGAAUUUCGGUGAAAAGUUUGGUGUUGGUGAUUUAAUAGUUUGUUGCAUUGAUCUUGAGAGCAAACCACUUGCUACUAUUGGUUUCUCUAAGAAUGGUAAAUGGUUAGGUACUGCGUUUCAAUUUGAUGUCGGUUCACUUGGUCUUGGAGCUGAUUCUUCUUUUCCCAAGGUUUCGCCUUGGGAGUGGGCACUUUUUCCGCAUGUUCUGUUGAAAAAUGUUGUGGUUCAGAUGCAGUUCAGUGUUGAACAAGGACUUGUUCCUCGUGAAGGGUUCAAACCUUGGGCCUUGGCAGUUGCGGAUGGAAAUGCAGUUAUGGGACCUUCGUUUUCUGACCCAAAGGAAUGUGAGUUGAUGAUGCUUGUGGGAUUACCGGCUUCAGGAAAGACUACAUGGGCUGAAAAAUGGGUGAAAGAUCACCCGGAGAAGCGUUAUGUUUUGCUUGGCACCAACUUAAUUCUUGAACAGAUGAAGGUUCCUGGACUGUUGCGGAAAAACAACUACGGUGAAAGGUUUGAUCGUUUGAUGGACAAGGCAAGUUCAAUGUUCAAUGUAAUUCUAUCCAGGGCGGCUAACAUACCUCGCAAUUAUAUAAUCGAUCAAACAAAUGUGUACAAAAAUGCACGCAAGCGUAAGCUUACGCCUUUUGUUGACUAUCAAAAGACUGCUGUUGUAGUGUUUCCGAAGCCUGAAGAGCUCAAAAGACGGUCUGAGAAAAGAUUUAAAGAAAUGGGCAAAGAAGUUCCAGUUGAUGCUUUGAAUAGCAUGAUAGCUAAUUUUGUAUUACCUAAAAGCAAGGAUUUGCCUCAUUCAGAUGAGUAUUUUGAUCAGGUUCUGUUUAUUGAGCUGGACCGAGACGCAUCUCAGAAAUAUUUGGAUCAAAUGAAGCAAGAUAUCCUAUCCCCAUCAUGUAACAACCCAUUGACAUUAUCGAUUAGAGGUUCUUCUCAGUCUUCUUACGGACCUGCAUUACAAAAUCAGCGAAGUUCGACAGGAAGUGGCAUUCACCAGAGGAGAGCUCAUUCUCCUAUCUCUCAACCCGACUAUAGGAUGCCUAGUCAGGUCAAUACUCAUUGUCAUAUGAAUGAACCUCAGCUCAAUAUAAAUCCAUUGUGUGGAGGAUAUCCAAGCACUCAAAUUUCACGUGUUGCAAGAUUGCCCUCUCCUAGUGGACGCUAUUCCAAUGGUGAAGCAUCUUGUUUUUCUAGCGAUAAUGUUGGUUCCAAUACAACUUAUGGUGCCAUCGAAGCAUACAGAAACCCUGUUUUGGGUACCCAUUAUAGGCCAAACACUGCAUGGAGCAACAAUAUGGGAUUUCAUGGAAGACCUUAUGUUGAAUACCGGGAAUCGCAGCCUUUCAAUUAUAGUACACACAGUAGACCUUAUGUUGAAUACAGAGAUUUUCAGCCUGGCCUGCAUAUACCUGCUCCAGCCACAUCUUUGCAUCCCCCGUAUGGGGAACCAGCUCUGAGACCUCGACAUGGUGGAUUACCUGAUAACGUGCAAUAUUCAGGGAGAUAUGCUUCUCAACAUCCAAAAUACUACCACUGAAAUUGAUCAGACCAUGUUAUUGGUAACUGGAACAAGGCUUCAUUGAUAGCUAAAAACUUGUAAUUAAGUGUAUAUCUUAUUAGUAAUCAACUAAUUAUACAGAUGAAUGGAAAACAAAAAGUCCAAAAGUAUAAUUUGUCACUAGGCCUUGACUAUCUUAGUUGAUUACUCUUACAAGUUUCAGCUUCUGGUAUACUGAUGUAAAGUUGAUAAAAGAAUAAUUGCAAGUUUCUAUGGUUCUUUGGGAUAUUUUGUGAGUAUAGUUUAUGCUGUGAACAUUAUAUUUUGUUUGUGUUUGUCUCUUGGUUGAGGGGAAAAGUGUGUGUUGGUUCUUAUCGCAAGCAUGAUAGUGAAGUGUACCACCAAGAAUGUAACUGUAAUUGCUCA